GAGCAAACCACUCGGAACAAGCUCCUCAACUUCUCAGCAUACCAUGGAGGGAAAUAAACUGGAGAGACAAACAGAGGGAUCUGCAGUAUGUAAAUAACUACAAACCUCAGACUGAGGGCCGCCUGCUCAGGAUUCUUCUUCAUGGUCCGGCUGGAGCUGGAAAAUCCAGUUUCAUCAACUCUGUCCAAAGUGUCUUACUUGGCAGAAUGUACACACUUGCUUUGGCAAACAACACCUUUAGCAGCUGUUUCACCAAAAAGUACACAACCUACAAGAUCAAAAAAGGCGCAGACACCUUUUACCCUUUUGUUUUCAAUGACAUCAUGGGCCUGGGUCCAACCAAUGGGGUCCAAGUAAAAGAUGUAAAUCUGGCUAUGAAGGGAAAGGUGAAGGAGGGUUACAAGUUCAAUCCUGAUUCUAAGUUGUCAAAGGAUGAUCAAUUCUACAACAAAGGUCCAACCAACAACGACAAAGUGCAUGUUUUGGUUUGUGUCAUUAACGCCACCACAGUAUCUCAACUAAGUGAAAAUAUUGUGAAGAAGAUUCGGGAGAUAAGGAAGGAAGCCACUGACCUGGGUAUUCCUCAAGUGGCCAUUCUCACCAAGAUUGAUCAGGUCUGUCCUGAAAUCAAAGAAGAUUUACAGAAUGUCUACAAGGUCAAUUACCUGAAGGAAAAGAUGAAGCAGUUCAGUGUAAAUGUGGGAAUUCCGAUGAACUGCAUCUUCCCUGUGAAGAACUACGAUGAAGAAAUCAACCUCGACGACGACGUUGACUCACUGAUCCUGAGCGCCCUGAGAAACAUCAUCAACUUCGGAGACGACUGCAUCAACUUCCGCAAAAAUCCGAGUCGUGCUGUCAUGUCAAAAUAACAAUCUGUGACAUUACCAGCAGGAUUUCUAACAAUCUAAUAUUUAUUACUUUUUGCUUACCACAUUUGUGGGUGUAUUACUUCAAAGCCCUUGAAAACUUGCCUUCAAAUCUUCAGUUUGUCUCAGUAACAUGAAAUAUUAAUGACUAAAGUUAAUGACUAAAUAAGCAGCCAUAAAGUAAAAAAAAACAUGAUUGGGUAUUAUAAGAGUUCACUCAACCACUCAGUUAAUCUGCUACUGUAGGAAUAUGUAGGUUUGGUUUAAUCAGAUUUAAAUUACAUGUGUCAUGAGAUCAUGAAACAUCUUUUUCAUAUCAGUGAGGAGACAACAGACAAACAUUUCUCAUGUAAAUUGACUGAAAUUGUUCUAACUUUGUAUAUUAUGUGUUAAUGUAAGAAUUCAUCACUUAUAAUUU